AUGACAGGCCACAUGAUAGCAGAGAUACGUAGAGGCGCUCCGUGCGUCGUGUUGGCGUCGUGCUUCGAGCCCCAGCGCGCAUGCGUCAGGUCUGGAGUUGAAGUAUCCAACAUGUCGCUGGAAGACCCGUUCUUUGUAGUCAAGGGGUAAGGAAGGGUUUCUAAAUAAACUAUCAACCAACUUUUCAACCGUUUACUUACAGGACAAGUUGGAUGUAUAUGCCGUUGGGGUAGUUUCGUUUGAUAACGCGGCGUUUAGAAGUUAUCACCCUGUCCGUGGCAAGCUAAUUUGCUAGCUAAUGCUUCAGGCUAGAUUCGCAGUCAACGUGCGGGUUGAUGUUGGCAUUAAGGUCUCGACUUCGCAUUGGGGUGUCGUUGAAAUCUAGUCUUCGUGUCAAGAAGGAUUCCUUGAAAGUUGGGUUGCCAGUUUGGGUCUAUUGCAACGGGGCAGUUGACGGAGUGUUGUGAAAUUGACAGGGGUGUGCGGAGUGUCCACACAGAUUUGUUUGGGUCAAGUUAGGGCGUUACUUCUCCGUGCAAUCUCGUAACGCGUUACCUAGAAAUGGAAGCUACAUGCUGUGUUGGAAGCUUUGAUGGCACGUGUGUGUGUGUGUGUGUGUGUGUGUGUGUGUGUGUGUGUGUGUGUGUGUGUGUGUGUGUGUGUGUGUGUGUGUGUGAGAGAGUUGUUUUGUGUCUGGAGUAGAGGGCAUGCAGCUUCGCCAGCUCGUGACAUUUGUAUCAUCAACCACAUAGCUAAACUUGGGAUCAGUGAAUAGAUACAUUUUAGUAUCACUCUCAAUGCGACAUUGUUGUAGCUAACAUCGUUAAAUAUAACAUUAUAGCAUUUUUCACUGUCUCUUUAACCAGGACUUGUUUAAAGUGUGUGUGUGUCAGGGAAAUGCAUUCAAGUUAUUGUUAAAAGUGUGUGAUGUGUGUGUAAUGUGUAUUUUUAUGAUGUGUAUCUAGUGUGUGUGUGUGUAUGUAUGUAUGUAUGUAUGUAUGUAUGUAUGUAUGUAUGUAUGUAUGUAUGUAUGUAUGUAUGUAUGUAUGUAUGUGUAUCUAAACCAGGGCUCUCCAACCCUGUUCCUGUAGAGCUACCAUCCUGUAAAUUUUAAUUCCAAGCCUAAUCUAGCGCACCUGAUUCUAAUAAUUAGCUAGUUUAUAAGAUGAAUCAGGUUAGUUACAACUGGGAUUCGAGUGAAAAUGUACAGAAGGGUAGCUCUCCAGGAAAAGGGUUGGAGAGCCCUGAUCUAACCGGUGUGUGUGUGUGUUGUCUCAGGGAGGUCCAGAAGGCGUUGUCUCGUGCCAGGAGCCUUUACGAACGCUGGGAGGAGCUUCUGGAGGAUGGCACUCAGGUACACACACACUGGACACACACCUCUUAACUGCAUUGCUACUGGAAUGUGUGCAGCCACAGCAUGUAUAACAACCACUUGGAAUGUGUGCAGCCACAGCAUGUAUAACAACAUCUUGGAAUGUGUGCAGCCACAGCAUGUAUAACAACAUCUUGGAAUGUGUGCAGCCACAGCAUGUAUAACAACCGCUUGGAAUGUGUGCAGCCACAGCAUGUAUAACAACCGCUUGGAAUGUGUGCAGCCACAGCAUGUAUAACAACCGCUUGGAAUGUGUGCAGCCACAGCAUGUAUAACAACAUCUUUGAAUGUGUGCAGCCACAGCAUGUAUAACAACAUCUUUGAAUGUGUGCAGCCACAGCAUGUAUAACAACAGCUUGGAAUGUGUGCAGCCACAGCAUGUAUAACAACAUCUUUGAAUGUGUGCAGCCACAGCAUGUAUAACAACCGCUUGGAAUGUGUGCAGCCACAGCAUGUAUAACAACAUCUUUGAAUGUGUGCAGCCACAGCAUGUAUAACAACCACUUGGAAUGUGUGCAGCCACAGCCUGUAUAACAACAUCUUGGAAUGUGUGCAGCCACAGCAUGUAUAACAACCGCUUGGAAUGUGUGCAGCCACAGCAUGUAUAACAACCGCUUGGAAUGUGUGCAGCCAUAGCAUGUAUAACAACAUCUUGGAAUGUGUGCAGCCACAGCAUGUAUAACAACAUCUUGGAAUGUGUGCAGCCACAGCAUGUAUAACAACAUCUUGGAAUGUGUGCAGCCACAGCAUGUAUAACAACAGCUUGUCAUCAUCAAUCUCUGACUUACUAGUGUAGCCUGUUCAGUCCCUACCUUGCCUGAUAUGUACUCUUACAGUUAUCUGUAACUGUACUUUAUCUGUAAUGUACAGGUGAGCAUUGACUUUUCACUGUGUUGGGUCUCAUGUUUGACAUGCCGAAAUGUUUCUUUGUUUGUUGUGCAGGUGAGCAAAGAUGAGCUGGACUGGAGCACCAAUGAACUGAGGAACUGUCUCAGAGCCAUAGACUGGGACCUGGAGGACCUGAGUGAAACCAUCAGUGUCUUUUCAUGUCUUUAUAAAAAUAACGAUUACACACACACUUCCACACACACAGAGAGAACCAGGGAAUGAAUGAAAGAUGACAGAGUAUGAUAGUUGAGGGCAUGUCCAUCGAAAAGGACCCAUGAGCACCAACAUGUGAAGUUCAUAGGAUCAAAUCCAAUUUUAUUUGUCACACGUGCCGAAUACAACAGAUGUAGACUUUACCGUGAAAUGCUUACUUACAAGCCCUUAACCAACAAUGCAGUUAAAGAAAUAGAGUUAAGAAAAUAUUUACAAAAUAAACAAAAGUAAAAAAUUAAAUACAAAUUAAAAGUAUGACAAUAAAAUAACAAUAAUGAAGCUAUAUACAGGGGGUACCAGUACCGAGUCACUGUGCGGGGGUACAGGUUAGUCGAGGUAAUUUGUACAGGUAGGGGUAAAGUGACUAUGCAUAGAUAAUAAACAGCGAGUAGCAGCAGUGUAAAAACAAAGGGGGGGUCAAUGUAAAUAGUCCGGGUGGCCAUUUUAUUAAUUGUUCAGCAGUCUUAUGGCUUGGGGGUAGAAGCUGUCAAGGAGCCUUUUGGACCUAGACGUGGCGCUCCGGUACCGCAAGUCUAUGACUUGGGUGACUGAAGUUUGGGAAAUGAAGGCAUAUAUAAAAUAAAGUCUUAAAAGGUAUCAAAACACAAUAAUGUUGAUGUAAAGACCCCUGCCAACUAAUAUCAACACUUAUAUUUAGUUUUGGACAAAUUCUUUGCCUUCUGUACAUUUAAGAAUAUUGCCUUGUGCCUUGUAAUUCUGUUACCAAAAACCCAAAUAUCUCUAAGAUAUUUUCAAAUUUCUCUCCCUCACGAGGAGGGAGGAUAAUGAAAGCUCACAGAAGUAACAAGUAAAGCUAGACCUACCAAUUAGAUAUAAUGUUUUUACUUAUAUCAAUUUUGUUUUUGAAUUGUUAAGUGGUCAGUCCAGCCUGGCCUUGAUUUCAACGUCCACAGAUGGACCAAAUCUGAACCUAUUAUAGAAGUAUGUUUCACAAAUUUGGAUAGUACAGUAUAGUAGAGUACAGUACAAUACAGUAGUACAAUACAGUGAGUAAAGCACAGAGUACAGUCAAUACAAUAUAAUAGUACAGAAAAUACAAGUAGAAUAUAGUACAGUAUAUUGUACUGUACUGAACUCUACUGUACUGUACUGUAUUGUACUUUACUGCAUUGUACUAAACUCUACUCUGCUUUGCUGUGCUGCGCAGUGAUGUCCAAACUUGUGAAUCAUGAGGAGAAUGACAUAUCCAUAAUUAUGCAGUUUCUGUGUAGUAUAGGGGGUCCAUGAUGUAAUUCCGUUACCGUAGAUCCCGUCACCGUGUGUAAAUCCACUUCACUUACUGUAGUUCAAUAACCAAAAUAUAUAUUUUUUAACUCAUGGUGCCAUGUCAUAGCUCAUCCCUAUUCUUUCUGCAGACAUCUUUGAUUCUUAAUUCGAAGCAGAUAUUUAAGAGUUUUUGGAAAACGUGGUCGCAUAAAAACCUGAGGGAGAUUUUACUGUAAUUCCGUUACCAAAGUUGACAUCUGCACAGUUCUUCCAUUAAAUUAGUUUUUGUAAAUGUUUCUGUGUUAAAUGUUAAAUGUAGUCCUUGUGCAUAGAGUUGUAUGGUUGGUUAAACUUUUUGGCAUACAUAUUUUUUAAGUGAAAAAACUGAGUCAAAGCGGAGUUGCCCAUGAGAGAGGAGGAGGGAAUGAAAGUUAGGGAGGUGGGGUAGAGAAAUGGAACUGUCCUUCCUCAUAAAAAGAGGGGAAGAGAUAGGCUUAUGGUUUAUAAACAUAAAGAUUACACACACUUCCACAUGUGCAACGAAAGAAGACUGUGUGAGAGAUAUAGUCUGUCCUUCCUUCUAGAUAGAGGGGGAGAGAGUAUAGAAACCCAAACUGGCCCAAAGACCAACUGAGUCCUAGACUAUGAUAUCUGGAGCAGGACAGCUGAUGUGAAUGGGGUGUGAGUGUGUGUGCCUAAGUGUGUAGUUACAGGUGUUAAAAAACACAGACUGUACUCUGCAGCGCCACAUUCCUAACAAUUCCUGGGGAGAACCCUGAGAUCUAUGUGUGUGUUGAGCCUUGACCCACUCCCAGGCAUCGUUGAGUCCAACCCGGGGAAGUUCCGUCUGGUGGAGAAUGAACUGCAGGAGAGGAGAGACUUUGUGGAGCGGACACGGCAGGCCGUACAGGUAAAACGGUGUUACAUCACUACCUGUCUAUCACCUCUAGAAUUGAAAAGAGAAGGGGAUUUCUGCAGCUACAUUUGAUUGGAUUAAAUCUACGGUGUGUAAUCUGUUUUUGUAACUACUAUAGGUAACACUGUGUGUUCUGUGUAGGAGAUGAAGGAGCAACUCUCCAGUCCCUCUGUUGUGGCCCAGGCAGAGAAGAAGAACAGACAGGUUGGUCUGCCUGUCUACACCUCUCUCUCUCUCUCGCUUUCUCUCUCUUCUCUCUCUGACCUUUAUUUUGAUACACACUCACUCUGUCACACACACAUUCUAACAGCAGUUUCUCUCUUUCUCUCUCAGGCUCUGUUGGGUGCGUCGGAGCAGGACAGGUCUGAUGGUCUGGAGCCUCACCUGGUGUCGGCUAACUCCAGAUACAUCCAGGAUCAACAGGAACAACAACAGGUAGGAUGGAGGGAGAGAGAGAUGAGGGAGGGAAGAGGGUUAGCGUGAAGGUUUCUGUCUGUGUGUCUAGUUGAUAUUGAAGGACCAAGAUGAUGAUUCAUGUGAUGAUGGGUUAGGGUUGAGCUGGGGUGUGGACAUGAAGUUACGGUUGGGGUUAGGGUUGAGGCUAGGGUUAGGCUGAUGAUGAUGAUGAUGAGUGUUCUCUCUCCACAGUUGAUAAUGGAGGACCAGGAUGAGCAGUUGGAGCUGGUGACAGGAAGCAUCAGAGUACUGAAAGACAUGUCAGGACGUAUCGGAGAUGAACUAGACCAGCAGGCUGUGUGAGUACACACACACACACCCACCCACACACACUGAAAAUGGCGCCGACAGAGAGGGCUGCCUCGCUUCUAGUCCUUAGGAAACUUUGCAGUGUUUUGUUUUUUUUAUGUAUUAUUUCUUACAUUGUUAGCUCAGAACUUCUCAAAAAAAAUCUCAAAGUGUUAUUACAUACAGGCGCUGCUGCCUACAUACAGACUUGAAAAUCACUGGCCACUUUAAUAAAUGGAACACUAGUCACUUUAAUAAUGCCACUAUAAUAAUGUUUACAUAUCUUGCAUUACCCAUCUCAAAUGUACAGUUGAAGUCGGAAGUUUACAUACACCUUAGCCAAAUACAGUGCUAUGAAAAAGUAUUUGCCCCCUUUCUAAUUUUCUCUACUUUUGCAUAUUUGUGAUACUGAAUGUUAUCAGAUCUUCAACCAAAACCUAAUAUUAGAUAAAGGGAACAUAAGUGAACAAAUAACACAACAAUUACAUAUUUAUUUCAUAAACAAAGUUAUGCAACACCCAAUUCCCCUGUGUGAAAAAGUAAUUUCCCCCUUACACUCAAUAACUGGUUGUGCCACCUUUAGCUGCAAUGACUCCAACCAAAUGCUUCCUGUAGUUGUUGAUCAGUCUCUCACGUCGCUGUGGAGGAAUUUUGGCCCACUCUUCCAUGCAGAACUGCUUUAACUCAGUGACGUGUGGGUUUUCAAGCAUGAACUGCUCGUUUCAAGUCCUGCCACAACAUCUCAAUUGGGAUUAGGUCUGGACUUUGACUAGGCCAUUCCAAAACCUCCAAUUUGUUGCUUUUUAGCCAUUUUCAUGUAGACUUGAUUGUGUGUUUUGGAUCAUUGUCUUGCUGCAUGACCCAGCUGCGCUUCAGCUUCAGCUCACAGACGGAUGCUCUGACAUUCUCCUGUAGAAUUCUCUGAUACAGAGCAGAAUUCAUGGUUCCUUCUAUUAAGGCAAGUCGUCCAGUUCCUGAGGCAGCAAAGCAUCCCCAAACCAUCACACCACCACCACCAUGCUUGACCAUUGGUAUGAUGCUCUUACUGUUGAAUGCAGUGUUUGGUUUUCGCCAGGCAUUACUGGCCAUGUCGUCCAAAAAAGUUAUACUUUUGAAUCAUCUGUCCAUAGAACGUUCUUCCAAGAGUCUUUUUUAUUUAAUUUUAAUUUUAAUUUUUAUCUUUAUUUUAACAGGGAAAAAACAGACUGUUUUCUUAGCGUUUAAAACAAGUUUAAGCUGUAAAAGAGACCCCUCUAGUAUCCUAAAAUCAGACUCCAACUGCAUUAAAGCUUGGUCCGCUGUUGGAGCAAUAGAGUACAUCACUGUGUCAUCUGCAUAUAAAUGGAAUUUACAAUAUCUGACAUCAUCACCAAUGUUGUUUAUAUAAAGUGAGAACAAUAGUGAGCCAAUUAUUGAACCCUGAGGGACCCCUUUAAGUAACUGUAAGGGGUCAGACUUGACCCCGUCGACCAUGACGGCCUGAGUUCUAUCUUUAAAAUAGUCAUAAAACCAUCGACAGGCAUCAGUGCCCAGUCCUAUAGAUGACAGCUUACUCAAAAGGAUAGCAUGGUCUACAGUGUCAAAAGCUUUUGACAAAUCUACAAACAACGCAGCACAGUGCUUUCUAUCAUCUAAGGCAUUUGCAAUAUCAUUUACAACAAGCAUAGUGGCCGAUGUGGAUCAUCCAGGUGCUUUUUGACAAACUUGAGUCAACUUUUUGGACGAGAUGGGUCCCAUUAUGCCUGGCGAAAACCAAACACUGCAUUCCACAGUAAGAACAUCAUACCAAAGGUCAAGCAUGGUGGUGCUCUGUAUCAGAGAAUUCUACAGGAGAAUGUCAGAGCAUCCGUCUGUGAGCUGAAGCUGAAGCGCAGCUGGGUCAUGCAGCAAGACAAUGAUCCAAAACACACAAUCAAGUCUACAUGAAAAUGGCUAAAAAGCAACAAAUUGGAGGUUUUGGAAUGGCCUAGUCAAAGUCCAGACCUAAUCCCAAUUGAGAUGUUGUGGCAGGACUUGAAACGAGCAGUUCAUGCUUGAAAACCCACACGUCACUGAGUUAAAGCAGUUCUGCAUGGAAGAGUGGGCCAAAAUUCCUCCACAGCGACGUGAGAGACUGAUCAACAACUACAGGAAGCAUUUGGUUGGAGUCAUUGCAGCUAAAGGUGGCACAACCAGUUAUUGAGUGUAAGGGGGAAAUUACUUUUUCACAAAGGGGAAUUGAGUGUUGCAUAACUUUGUUUAUGAAAUAAAUAUGUAAUUGUUGUGUUAUUUGUUCACUUAUGUUCCCUUUAUCUAAUAUUAGGUUUUGGUUGAAGAUCUGAUAACAUUCAGUAUCACAAAUAUGCAAAAGUAGAGAAAAUUAGAAAGGGGGAAAAUACUUUUUCAUAGCACCUGACAUUUAAUCCUAGUAAACAUUCCCUGUUUUAGGUCAGUUAGGAUCACCACUUUAAUUUAAGAAUGUGAAAUGUCAGAACAAUAGUAGAGAGAAUGAUUUAUUUCAGCUUUUAUUUCUUUCAUCACAUUCCCAGUGGGUCAGAAGUUUACAUACACUCAAUUAGUAUUUGGUAGCAUUGCCUUUAAAUUGUUUAACUUGGGUCAAAUGUUUCGGGUAGCCUUCCACAAGCUUCCCACAGUAAGUUGGGUGAAUUUUGGCCCAUUCCUCCUGACAGAGCUGGUGUAACUGAGUCAGGUUUGUAGGCCUCCUUGCUCGCACACGCUUUUUCAGUUCUGCCCACAUAUUUUCUUUAGGAUUGAGGUCAGGGCUUUGUGAUGGCCACUCCAAUACCUUGACAUUGUUGUCCUUAAGCCAUUUUGGCACAACUUUGGAAGUAUGCAUGGGGUCAUUGUCCAUUUGGAAGACCCAUUUGCGACCAAGCUUUAACUUCCUGACUGAUGUCUUGAGAUGUUGCUUCAAUAUAUCCACAUAAUUUUCCUUCCUCAUGAUGCCAUCUAUUUUGUGAAGUGCACCAGUCCCUCCUGCAGCAAAGCACCCCCACAGCAUGAUGCUGCCACCCCCGUGCUUCACGGAUGGGAUGGUGUUAUUUGGCUUGCAAGCCACCCCUUUUUCCUCCAAACAUAACGAUGGUCAUUAUGGCCAAACAGUUCUAUUUUUGUUUCAUCAGACCAGAGUACAUUUCUCCAAAAAGUACGAUCUUUGUCCCCGUGUGCAGUUGCAAACCGUACUCUGGCUUUUUUAUGGCGGUUUUGGAGCAGUAGCUUCUUCCUUGCUGAGCAGUCUUUCAGGUUAUGUCGAUAUAGGACUCGUUUUACUGUGGAUAUAGAUACUUUUGUACCUGUUUCCUCCAGCAUCUUCACAAGGUCCUUUGCUGUUGUUCUGGGAUUGAUUUGCACUUUUCGCACCAAAGUACGUUCAUCUCUAGGAGACAGAAUGCGUCACCUUCCUGAGCGGUAUGACGGCUGCGUGGUCCCUUGGUGUUUAUACUUGUGUACUAUUGUUUAUUGUUUGGAAAUUGCUCACAAGGAUGAACCAGACUUGUGGAGGUCUACAAUUUAUUUUCUGAGGUCUUGGCUGAUUUCUUUAGAUUUUCCCAUGAUGUCAAGCAAAGAGGCACUGAGUUUGAAGGUAGUCCUUGAAAUACAUCCACAGGUACACCUCCAAUUGACUCAAAUGAUGUCAAUUAGCCUAUCAGAAGCUUCUAAAGCCAUGACAUAAUUUUCUGGAAUCUUCCAAGCUGUUUAAUGGCACAGUCAACUUAGUGUAUGUAAACUUCUGACCCACUGGAAUUGUGAAACAGUGAAUUAUAAGUGAAAUAAUCUGUCUGUAAACAAUUGUCGGAAAAAUUACUUGUGUCAUGCUCAAAGUAGAUGUCCUAACCGACUUGCCAAAUCUACAGUUUGUUAACAAGAAAUUUGUGGAGUGGUUGAAAAACGAGUUUUAAUGACUCCAACCUAAGUGUAUGUAAACUUCCGACUUCAACUGUAUAUACUGUAUUCUAUACUAUCUGUUGCAUCUUAGCCUGUGCCACUCUGAUAAUGACAUUGCUCAUCCAUAUAUUUAUAUAUUCUUAUUCCAUUCCUUUACUUAGAUUUGUGUGUAUUAGGUUUUUGUUGUGGAACUGUUAGAUAUUACUUGCUAGAUAUUACUGCACUGUUGGAAUUAGAAGCACAAGCAUUUCGUUACACUCGCAAUAACAUCUGCUAACCAUGUGUAUGUGACCAAUACAUUUGAUUUGAUUUGAUUUUGACACAGACACACACACACACAGACACACACACAUUUGGUGGUGAGGGCCAAGGGGAGUGAUGGGAAGGGAAUAGAGGUUGUAACCUAUCCAUCUGCUGCUACAGUGACAGAGAUGACAUGUCCUUAAGAGACCACGCCUCCCUCCCUCCUCUUCCACUGGUUAUGGCCUCCUCAUAUGCUCCUGUGUGUGUCUUCCGCAUUUAACCCAACCCCUCUGAAUCAGAGAGGUGCGAGGGGCUGCCUUUAAUCGACAUCCACAUCAUCGACGCCCGGGGAGCAGUUGUUGUUGGGGGUUAACUGCCUUGCUCUAUUGUGUGUGUGUGCGUUUUAAAGGCUUCAAGGAGCCUCUGUGUACUGAACGUGUGCAUGUGAAUUCCAAUGUUGUCAUGUAAUCUCACAGUAUACGUCCUAUGCUGAGAUGUGUGUGGUGUUUGAAGGGUUCAGUGAGUGUGUACUUUACGUGUGUGCAUUGUUUGAGUGAUUAUCCUGUAUGUUCCAGUAUGCUAGGGGGGUUUUAGACAGUUUAGUGUGAGUGUGUGUGUGGGCAGCAGGUAACCUAGUGGUUAAGAGCGUUGGGUCAGUAACCAAAAGGUUGCUGGUUCAAAUCCCUGAGCCGACUAGGUGAAAAAUGUAUCGAUGUGCCCUUGAGCAAGGCACUUAACCCUAAUUGCUCCUGUAAGUCACUCUGGAUAAGAGCGUCUGCUAAAUGACUAAAAUGUGUGUGUGUGUGUGUGUGUGUGUGCCUAACACCUAUAUUGUCCUGUAUGUUCCAGUAUGCUAGGAGAGUUUGGAGAGGAGAUGGACCAGACAGGUUCUCGGAUGGACUCUGUCCUCAAGAAGAUGGAGAAAGUCUCCCACAUGACCAGCAGUGAGUUAACACACCAUACUCAUGCAGGCGCACACCAUACACACACAUGUACACUCUGUCAGUUUUCUCUCUCUCACACACAGACGACAGAUACAACACCUAGUCACCCUCCCUCUUUACCUCAAUCUUUACCUUUCUCUCUUCCUUGCUCUCUUCCUUUCUCUCUUCCUCUCUCCCUCUCUUUCUGUCUCCCUCUCUCUCUCUCUCUCUCUCUCUCUCUCUCUCUCUCUCUCUCUCUCUCUCUCUCUCUCUCUCUCUCUCUCUCUCUCUGUUUCUGUCUCUCUCUCUCUCUCACUCUCUUUCUCUUAGUCAAAAUUCAAAUUCAAGCUGCUUUAUUGGCAUGAAAGACAUUGUGUCAAUAUUGCCAAAGCAACAAUGUAUACAAUAUACAUUGUAAAAAAAUUAUUAUAAUUAAUAAUAAUAAAAUGGUAGUAAAUAAUACAAAUAAAGAAAAUAACAACAAUAAAAUGGUAACAGUAAAUAGUAGAAAUCUAAUAAAUAUAAAAGGCUAAACAUGGAAAAUGAAACUAUAACUAACUGUCAUCCUCACCAUUACAUCAGUACUACUACUACUACCACCACCACCACCACCAUUAAACUGCUAUCAUUACAUCACCCCUACUACCCGUACCACUACAAUUUAUAAUAAUAAUAAUAAUAAGUAAAUUACUGCUUACUAUGCAGAUGUUAUUAUUCAGUUGCCCUCAGGCUAUGGCAGACAAGUACAUAUUAGCAUCUCUAGCCUAUAAACUCUCUUGUGAUAUUGACGUGUGUGUGUGUUCUCUCCGUCAGGUAGGAGACAGUGGUGUGCCAUAGGAGUGCUGGUGGUCAUCAUGAUAGUGGUUCUCAUCCUCUUCUUCACUCUCUGAGUACGGACCUCUCUUCUAUACACAGCUCUUCCACACUCACCCACUCCUUCCCGGGGAUGAUGAAAUGGAUGGAUGGAGGAAUCCAUGAAGGAAAAGGGGAAUCCAAUCCAACCCUCGUCGUUCCUUUGUCAUAGAGGGGAUUCAGUCUCUGAAUCUAUAUUUUCUUUCUGUUACUCAUCACUUUCUUCUUUCUCUCUAUCGCUCUCUCUCCCCCCGUUUUCCUCCUCCUCUUUCCCACCUCUCUCUCUCACCACCCAUAUCAGAGGAGUGAACAGCAGUGAGAUGACGGUGACAUUAUAUAUUCAGGCAAAGCGAAGGUGUCUAUUUGAUGUGUGUGAAUGAUGGUACAGACUUGGACUGUUUGGGAUGGGAAUGAGGGGUGGUUGAGAGGGAAGGGUGAUGUCAAUGUUGCCUUAUCUAUUUUUAUACAUCUAUGAGAUGAUCUAUGGUCUUCAUCCCAAAUAGAACCAUAUUCCCUACAUAGUGGACUACUUAGGA